AUGGAGGAGGAGGAGGAUGGUUUCCAUGAAAGGAAGUUAUUAGAUUUUGAUGAAAACCGUUUGGAUUCAACCUUGACCCUACCAGACUUCAUGAAGUACAUUUUAGUGCCAGGUGGUGAAAAAGCAAUGAGGAAAACAGUCAAGUCGACGUCCUCCCCUAUUAUCGUGACAGAGGAGAACAGGGGAGCUUUCUCUAAGGUUUUGCACCCAACUCCUGGUGGAGUGAAGAGGAGAUAUGAUGCAAACAUAGUAAGGCUUCAACAAGGCUGGAAAUCAUAUAUGUCACAUCCAGUUACAUUUAAAGACGUUUGUGAAAGGACUGUGUAUCUAUUAUACCGGUAUUCAUUACAGGUAGUACUGAGUCCUGAUUGGCAACCUACAUCAAGGUGGUCAAAAAGUUUAAAGAGUGAACUAAAUGAUUUAUGUCUAACUACUUCUUCACUGAUUGUGAAUAAUUUAUGCUACAGAUUAAAACAAAUUGUAAACAGACCAUGGAAACAUCCAAUACUUAGAGCUAUAAUCUAUCCAGAUACCAUGGAAUUGGAUGACAGACAAGUGGCAAAAUACUUCAGAGAUGAAGGUGAAACAAUGGUAUGGACCAGACUGGAGGUAUUGUGUGAAAAUUCUACAGUCACUAAAAAUAUUCUGAAGCAUAAUUCACAACACAAGAUAGCGGGUGACAGUAUUUCACCAGCCCUCAGUUAUGUAACACAGGUCUUGAGAUACCUAACCAAUAAAGGAAAAUUCCAUGAAAAAGAUCAAAAUACUGAUGUACUCUGUGCUGGAUGUCCACUUGACAUUCAAGAUGCUUUUCUAGCAUUACUUGCCAGAGAAGGAAAAAUUGAUGAAAUGAGGCAUUACAUGUAUGAGAACAUGUCACUGCACGCUGUUUCAAAUAUGCGAGAACGCAUCAGGAACUGGCCUGGUCGUUUGCCUGCAUCACUUGCUAGUCAGCUGCUGGACAACAAUCCUCAUGAGGCAGAAGAGUAG